AUGAAUACAAACGGCGCAACACUCUCCUAUCCAACUCCGGCAGUCUCACCGACUCCAUCAGCGUACAGCUCUCAAGCUGUCUCCCCACCUUCUAUAUCGACUUCAUCAACGCUCCUCUCUGUCACCGUCGCGCCGUCCUCACCGCCCACCGACGACCAACCUACAGAGCCCGUCGCAUCGUCCAGCACUUCCAACGGUCCGCCGCCCGCCUGCGAACCACCGGCGACGCUAUCACUUCUAGAAGAAACAGGUCUAAGCACAGAGCUGUGGGAGGCACUAAUAAGUGAGGCCGAAGCACACGCCCAGAAGUUCGUACGCGACACCACUACGGCCCUUCCAAGCCCGCCAUCCACCCCCUCGCCGCCAGUAGAGGCCAACGACCAGCAAGAACGCGUCCCGCGGGCAAGAAACUGCUUUGUGAUUUUCCGUCAGUGCGUUAGCAAGGCUACACACCUUCCUAACGCGCUGAAGAAGAACCAAAAGCAUCUCAGCAAGGUCCUGGGGUCCUACUGGCGUGCACUGCCUGAGGCGCGGAAGCAGAUAUUCAGGCAUGCUCAGGCGGUCGACAUGGAGGCGCACCGGAGGAAGUAUCCCGGUUACAAAUACAAGCCGGCUCCCAAGGCAGCGAAGAAGCCUGUGCAGAAACGUUACGCACAGAGCGUCGCCGCCGCGGGUUCGUCGUUCGCGUCGGAGAGGAAGGGCAAGGCGAAGGCCACCAGCAAACGUGGGGUUCGUGGGGUGGCUGCGGACCACAUACAGCACUCUGAGGCAGAGUUGCUUCCUGUGCCACCGCCACAGGUACCCGUUCGCGAGGCCUCCGUGGCGGUGCCUCCCACCCUGCCUUCGGUGAGGUGGCCGACGGCGAGCUACGCCCUCCCUCCUGAUGUCCCCCAAGGCUGGUCGUACAGCCCCUCCACGUUUUCGCCGUGGCAGAAUACAGCCCCCCGUUCCGCGCCACCGAUGGCGUACCAACCCUACUGGCAGUACGCGCCAAUGCCCGUACCCGCGGCGCCCGUACUAGAACCAGCCCCAUCAGAGCAGAUGUGGUGGGAGGACCCCGACAUGUGGGUGUUAUGA